GAAAAGAUUUAUGAUAUUGUACAAAAGAGUGCUAAACAAGAAAUCUUUUUGAAAAAGGAUUAUGACUCAAGCUUAAGGUAUUUGUGUAGUUUUAUUCUAAAUAAGGAAUCAAUCUUUGUAUUUCAACAUGGUUUGCGAGAAAUGUGAAAAGAAAUUAGGCAAAGUUAUUACUCCGGAUCCCUGGAAAACAGGUGCAAGGAACACAACGGAAAGCGGAGGACGUAAAGUUGGAGAGAAUAAAGCUCUUUCUGCAGGAAAGGCACGAUUCAAUCCAUACACCACGAAAUUUGAGAUCUGUAGAAUAUGUAGGCAAAAAGUUCAUCAGGUGGGAUCCCAUUAUUGUCAGUCCUGUGCAUAUAAGAAAGCUAUAUGCUCUAUGUGUGGUAAAAAACUCAUGAGUACAAAGAAUUAUAAGCAGUCUGCUACAUAA